AUGGGCAACGGACAACAGAAUCAGCAGCAGCAGCAGCAGCAGCAGCAGCAACAGCAGAACCAGAACCAGAACCAACAGCAGCAGCAUGGCGGUGCUACUGCGGUUCGCAUGCGGAUGCUGCCGCGGAACACCAGCUACGAGGCACUACGGAGCAUGCUGCUGUUCGCAAAGAACCUGCUCGAUGCUGAAUUUGUGCCCAACGAAUACUCAGAGGACUCUUCCUUUCUGACGGCCAUCGCCCUGUUCGAGACGCGGACCGCAGCCGAGGAGGCGCAGGCGAUGCUGAACGGGAAGCCCAACUCGACCAACGACGCCAACAUGAUAGUCGAGAUCGUCUCGGGGCCCUCGACGUCUGCCUUGAUAUCUCGCCGCAACACCAUUGACCACCUGCCUCGCUCGCUCUCGAUGCUCUCUCCGACCUCGCCGCAUCCCUUCAUGCCGCCGUCUCGCAUGCUGAGCCGGCUGGACGACAUGCACUCGCUCGACAAUGCGCUGGACGGCUCGUCUAUCGGCAAGCAGUCCUCGGCUUCAACUACAAACGGCGAGCUGCCUGCGCCGGAUACCGGGUCGCGAAUACACUCCCUCUUCUCCUCUCAGUCUCCCGCAGGCAACGGGAUGAACGACCGGCCCCGUGUUUCUGGCAAAUCCGUCAUCGAUCAGGACGUCGAUGAAGACACGGGCGAGCUGCUCAAGGAUCCCAUCGCUUACGCUAGAAACGGACCCAUGGCCCUCCAGCGCCGCUCGACAAACCCGCAGCUGCCCAUGUCGCAGUUCUCCAAUCUCUCGCUAACGACCAACCUGUCAUCUCCGCCGCUGGCCCCCUUCAGCGCCGGAGCUGGCACUCCAGCCACCAGGAACAUGCCCACGCCCACCAGCGCAGUAUCUACUUUCAGCGGAAGCGGCUCGACAACCCCUUACCACCAGCUUCAGUUCCACCGGCUCAACUACCCGCCAGUCAACCCAGCGGACCAGAAUCCCCCCUGCAACACUCUAUACGUCGGCAAUCUACCGCCAGACACCUCCGAAGACGAGCUCAAGGCCCUCUUCUCCCGCCAGCGCGGCUACAAGCGCAUGAUCUUCCGCCAAAAGCCCAACGGGCCCAUCUGCUUCGUCGAGUUCGAAGAUGUCUCCUUUGCUACCAAAUGCCUGACCGAACUCUACGGCUACGAGCUCUCCAACAGCGUCAAGGGCGGCAUCCGGCUCAGCUUCUCCAAGAAUCCCCUUGGCGUCCGCAACGGCCAGCCAGGCAGCAUUCACCCUGCCAACUCCAUGAGCUCUCCAGGCCCUGUCUCCGGCAUGAACAACAGCACAUCAGCAGGCAUGGGACCGGUCCGGUUCUCAACUGCAAAUGGCCCACCACCUGGUCUCAGCGCCCCGCCCGGCCUACCCAUGCCCAUGCCAAUGUCUAUCCCGACAAAUAACUCAGCCAUGGGACCGCCACAGCAGGUCCAGGUUCUCAAUUCCUCGCAGUUUAACGGCCUCGGGCUUGGCCUGAAUCAUAACGCAAAUGCCAUGGCAGCAAUGCGGCCUGGUGCUGGACCGGGUCCCGGCUCCGGCCCCUCCAUGAAUAUGGGCGUUGGCAUCGGCGUUGGCAUCGGUUCGCCGACUGCCGGUAACAUGGGAGCCAUCAACAACGGCGGUUCAUACCCGGACUAUAUGAUGGGGAGAUAAAAAAAAAAAAAACACUUCAUCUACACCACAGACUUACUUCCUUACCCCUUUACAUCACUUAUUCACUCACUCAACUCAACUUCUCGUCUCAUCUUCAUCUGUAUAACGGUUUUGUAUGGCGCGUGGCAUGGCAUAGCAUGGCAUAGCAUAGCAUGACAUGUAUGAUGAAGGCACGGAGCAUUGGGCGCAACGGACUACAAACCACCACCACUCGACUCUCUAUACCAUUCUACCUUCCAAAAAGACGCAAGACGCCAUCCAGAUUCCCUUCUACUCGGAUCCCUACCCCAUCUGCUGUCGGUUUCCAAUUUUCUCCCCUUGGACUGUUAUUUCUUUUUUUACCCCCGUUCCUUUUGCCAUCUCAUCAUCUCUAUUAUCUACUUGGGACCGUUUCUACUGCUCUUAACUUCAUUCAUCAUGCU